GCAGCCAAUCGGAAACCGCAAUUUAGUUUUCGAACAUUUUGGAAGCCGAAGGGACUUCUGGAACGGAUUCCAUUCAUCUUCCAAGGUAUGACUGCAGUUGUCAUGGGCAGAUGGAUGAUGUGCGCAUGACGAUGCAAAGCAGCUCUGCAAAAGAUCUAAGGGGGAACCUCACCUUUUAUUCUCCAGGGCUGACUCCUCUCCUGUUAAUGUUGGGAUUCCUGGCCCCAGUGCUCCUUACGACCCCCGAGCCCAUGUGCGACCAGCGUGUCAUGAACAAGUACAUCCAAGAUGUCAGCAAGGCUGAGAGUGAAAUCGUAGAACUUUGUAGAACUUCCUGCAACCUGCCUGAACCUGUCAUGGUGCUGGACACCGGAGUCAACAUACGUAGCUGGAGAAAAAUGAAUAGGACGAGGCAGGCGUCCGAGGUGUGGAGAGGCCAGACCCUCCUUUCGAGGGCCAUCAGCCAAGUCCAAAGGCAUCAUUCGGCCAUGCAGCCUUUUGUCCGCCAGCUGGAAGUGAUGGAAAGCUGCCUGCGGAGCAUCCGAAACAUCUUGCGCGGCCACGGAGCCCAGGAAGCCCCCCAAGAUGACGUCUCGACCCGCACCCUGAGCGUCCAGACCAUGAAAAAGCUGUUCAGCGUUUACUCGAGUUUCAUCCGGGGGAAAGUCAGCCUGUACAUUACAGAGGCCUGUGCCAGGUGACGGAGGGAGACCGGCGCCACGAACGCAUACCACUCCGCAUGCUGCUGCCACCCCCAACCCCCCACUGCCGGAGGGGAUGGGUGCCCCUGUGUUGCCCGCUGAGUGACAGCUUGGUUUGAUUGGCAGGUGUCAACCACACGCACGCACGCAUGCAUGUGCACACCCGGGUUCCGUGCGGACUGCCUUUCUCAGCCGGGGGGGAAACUUUUGACUCGCUUGCCCAGGAGCCGGUGACACUCACCCCUGCACAUUCACACAAACACACUGCCCUCUGUGGUUCCUGAUCCUGCCCCGAAAGAGAAAACAAGAGCUGGGUUUAUGGAAGGUUUGGUGCCUUGUCUGCAAACAGGUAGCAAGGCCGCUCCCCGGGUUUUUGAGGGGAGCAAUGGUGGUCCACCUUGGAGGAGGAUGGUGCAGAAAAGCGGAGCUUUUUCAACCAUCAGUUUUGGAGGAGGAGAGAAAAAGAGAGAGAAUGAGAGCAACGGAGGAGAGGAAGGAAGUCUGCAAAGCCAAGAUGGGAAGAAUUUCGAACCCAAGACACUGAGUUGUCCCAAAGGGGCCCAAGCUGAGCGGUGCAAGGCCCACGAUCCCUCUGUUGUGGGGCAAAGGAGGUGGGCGGCAGAAAAAUCUUGGACAAGGUGGUCUCCGCGGGGGCCUGUGGCUGGUUGACCAGCGGUGCCCCCUCUCCCAGUGACGGACUGUGUUUGGGCUGUAAGGAUGUACGUUUUUGUGGGGGCUGGUUAGGAGGGACGAGAGAAAUGUUGAAUGGAGAAGAGGCAAAGGUUUGAUGGGGAAGGAAUGGAAAGGAGGUUUGGCGGGCAGCAAAAUGAAAGGAUUUGGUGGGGAACUGAGAUCACUUUCAGCAAAGGAAGGUCCACGGCCACCAGGAAACCUCAAACAGGAAAAUCAAGAGAGGCCUUACGCUGAGCUAGGGCCCAAGGCUAAUAUUGGUGUCCUUCCAGAGCUGGUUUCUGGGGGCCGGCACCUUAGCAAGUCAGAAAGCAUGCAAGUUCCUUGGGGUUCCACUUCCAUCCUUUUCACAGUCCUGUCUGGGUAUUUGCUGGGCGCUCUCUGCUGUGAAUGUGGAAAGCGGGAGUCGAAAGUCGUUUCUCGAAAGCCGCAGUCCGUUUCUGCACUUAAUUGGGAGUCAAUAACGCCUUGAAUUUAGUGGGGCUUACUUCUGAGUAAACGUGUGUUAAGCUGGGGCUGCAUGGUUUCAAAGCAUCAGUUGCAGGGAGCAUCUGAGAAGGGACCAGAUGCUCUGAAGAGGUGAGGGUGACUGGCAGGUGUCCUUCAAAGCAUACCUAACUUGGGAAAUAAAGAACUGCGAAAAUGUUUGAUGCGCCUGGAGGGGAGCGAGAUCUAUCUACCCUGUACCACUGGAGGCCAUAAAGACUUGAUUGGCAGGUGUCAAUCUUUUCAGGGCCACCUUCAGAUGCUGUUUUAUUUUUGCAAGUGUCUUCUGUAAUCCUGACACAAUAGCAGAGCAUUAGUAAUUGAUUUAUUCAGCUUUAUUAGUUGUUCCGUGAUACUUCCCACAUUAUUUAUUUGGGGGGGCUGUAGCGCCACCAAAGGCCCUCCCCCCAUUUGUGGUAUGUAAAACGUUACGGGAUUUCAGCAGGAAGGACAGGAUAUGAAAGGACUGGGAACGAAAGAGUGUGUCUACCCCAAAACAUUCACAGGCACAAAGAAUAUCAAAGGAAGGGCAGCAAAUC